AUGGAAGUUGAAGAUGAUCAAGCUCAAAGGCAGAAUCCAGCAAUGGACGUACGAGAAGUGUUGAGAAAAAUCAGAAGAGAUGCGGGUCUGUCACCGUUGAUGAGUUCUAGAAAACGCCCUAUAGAAAUAAUGGAAGACAAGUCCCAAAAUGAAGAUAACGAUAGUACUAUCGAAUGUGAGCAAACGAAGAAACAAAAGACUGAUCAUGUUCAAGAAAUAGAUGACAAUACAGAAGCAGCAUAUACACAAUUAAAGAAUCGAUUAGCAACCUAUUCAGCUGUAUUUCACAGUGCACCACGACCACUUACAGCUUUACAAUUUGCAUAUCAUGGUUGGAAAGAUACCCAUAACGUCUCAACAAAGGAUAAACUUAUAUGUAUUAUUGAAUGCAGUGAUUGUAAAGGUCAAAUGUUCGUCAUUGAUAUAGACGCAAAGCAUAAAGAUAAACCCGAAGGUGUGUUGUUGGAAAUUGAAAGAAAGUAUAGAACAGGAUUAGCUGACUGUCAUAAAGAAAAUUGCCAAUGGAGAUAUAAACGUAUUGAUGAUGGAAUAAGGAGAUUAGUAGAGGAAGGAAAUUUGAUAUCUGCAGCAUGCAAAAGCAAAAAGGAAUCGAUACCGACAUUAUCACAUCAUUUAGACGAUAGCUUUUUAAACAAGUUGAAAUAUAUAGUACAACAUUAUAAGCAUGGCAGUGAAGAAGAAAGGAACACAGAGUACGAUGCAUAUAUUUUGGCCUUGUAUGGAUGGAAACUAUUACAUAGCGAUGUACCUGGAAUUCAAUGCGAUCUAUGCUUUUCAAGGAAAGCAUUUUAUCAACUUGAAGGAAAAGUACUUGACGUUAUGAACGGGCAUAAGAACUAUUGUCCAUGGAAAAGUGAACUUACAGCAAAUACAAUUUCACCGAAAGAGGAAAUAGCAGUAAUAAGUAGUACAUCAAACCAGAGAAUAAAUGGCGCACAAUGGUUGAUGGAUGCUGUGUCGAUAGAAUAUCUCUGGUUAAUCAAGAAAGGGGAUUUUACUAUAGAAGCAAAGAUUCGAUUAAACGACAAAUAUCAAACUCUCAGGAACAAAAUCAAGGCCUCAAAGUAUCUGGUCAGAUACUUGCAGGAAACAGUCUCCAACGCCAAAAAGUUGGCUUAA